AUGUCCUCAGGUUUCGUAUCAUCGGGACGGCUAGAGUCCGCCGAUGCUGACGAAAUUCACAAUGUCAAUACUGGAGAUAAUCGCGAAGCUUCUGCUGUAGAUGCUUGGGCGGCCGCGGACGCUGCUAUCAAAGAAGCAAAGGAGAAGGCAGCGAGCACCUCGGGUCUUGUGGGAAGCCAGGAAGGCGGUAAAUCGCUGUAUGAAGUUCUCCAAGCGAACAAAGCCCGGAAGCAAGAGGCAUUUGAGGAGAAACUCAAAUUCAAAAAUCAGUUCCGCUCCCUUGAUGAAGGUGAAGUUGAAUUUCUCGAUUCAAUUUUUAGUGAACAGCGUGCGGAGGAAGAAGCCAAGAAAAAGGAGCUUGAAUCCCGCCUUGACGAUUUCCGCAAGUUACAGUAUGAGGCAGACCACGAUCCUGAUGCUACAGCCUCGGUUGCCGAUGAAUCCAAAAGUACGUGGGCUGUUCCUGCACGCAGGAAACGGAAGAAGGAUAAGGAAAAGGACACCGCUCUCGGUGCGAACAUCAAACUGCGGAAGAUGAGUGAUGGGACUAAGGAAGAGAGCAAUGAUACAUCGUUGGCGAAGUCAAAAGUUGGAACCGACUCGCCGAAAUCCAAGGCCGAAGUCACGAACCCUGAAAUUGUUUCGGCAACCAAAUCGCCUACGCCAUCGCUGCAUGGCUCUGAUAAACAGGCCCCGGAGCCUUUGAAGCCUACUAAUAAGGAUACAUCUGUCACAAAACCUCCCGCUGGUUUGGGUGGACUCGUUGGAUAUGGUUCUGACUCUGACUCUGAUUGA